UUUAUAUUUUUACAUUUUAUAUUGAAUUUUGAAAUAAUUAUAUAACUACUGCUGAGAAUAACUUAAGUUAUUGCUGUUUUGUUCAAGUGUGGAAUUUAGAAUUCUAUUCUUAUCAGACAAGCCCUGUAAUAUUCUAUUUACACAGAUAACGAUUAUCACUUCACAAGUUCUGAUUAAGCAUUUUAUCAGUAUCGUUAGAGUCACCGAACGUUUCAGAAAAUGAGUAAUCAAGUUAAUUCUAUAGUACGGCGAAGCGUACCUUGUUAUUUUUGCAAUGAAUUUCUAGAAGAAAAAUAUCUAUAUGAUCACGUGAAACAUUGUGGAUCGGUCUUAGAAGAAUGUCCUUUCAAGUGUGGAGUUUACGUGCCUCGAAAUAUUAUGGAAGAUCAUCGGAAAACGUGUAAAAAUAUUACUAAAGAGAAUAAUCAGUUCAAGGAAGUCCAAGAUUCUUUAUGGAGAAACAAAGUAUUCUCUGCUUUAACAUUGCUUCGUUCUGUAAUAAACAAUGAGGAAAAGGAGCGCAGAACCCUUCAGAAUACUAUGUCUCAAUGUUUAAAGUUAUUAAAUUCUCAACAAGAAUCGAUUGAUUCUUUGCGAUUUCAAAUUUCCGAGACAACAGAAACAUGUCGUCAAUAUAAUACAACAUUGAAUCAAAGAUUAAAUGAUUUAGAAGUGAUAUGUGAUUGCAUGGAACAACGCACCAAAUUAAGUUUUCAAAGUAUUUCGGAACAACUGAAACUUUUACACGAUGAGUUGACUAACGAACAAAAUAAGCACGAUAGAAUACUUGAUAAUUGGUGCUUAGAAUUAAAAGAUCUAAAAGCUUUUAUAAAAAAAGAGAGCGUACACAUAAAUGACAUUUGGCAAGAACAACAACAGUUAAUUCACGAUCUUAAAUUAGAAUUAGAAAUGAGAUGUAAAAAUUCGAAGGAAUUAAUAGAUCAGCAAGAGCAUGUAAUCGAGAAAAUAAAAAGUUUAGAAGAAGAAGUAGAGCGGCAAUCAGAAACUGCAACCAGUCAGAAAAGUAACAUUAAAGGAUUGAAGUUUCAAUUGAAAGAAAAUUUAAAGUAUCUGGAGGAAUUGAUCGUUGAUAAUUCAAAAUUUAAUAGUCCGGAAUUUCUUGAAUGUCCGUGUAAACAGGAAUGUUUCGAACAAUAUUCAACUAAUGGUCGUCUUCUAUGGAGAAUUGAUCGCUAUAAGGAAAAAAUGACCGAGGCGAAAGAAAGUGACUGUGUAAUUUACAGUCCAAAAUUUUUAAACAAAGAAUAUGGAUAUACCUUAAGAAUGAAACUAUUUCUGAAUGGUAUAGGACAGUGGAAAGAUCGGCAUAUUAUCGGAUGCCUGCAAGUUGAAGCCGGAAAAUGGGACCCCCUGUUAGAUUGGCCUUGUGUCCUUAAAGCAACAGCCACAUUGAGAAAUCAAGAAAAUCCAGCAAACGAUAUAAAAAAAAUCGUUAAAGCUGUAGGGCAAGACAAAUCGAAUCCUAAGGAUGUGAAUAAAGAAGCUGGCAUUUACAUGUUUAUCCCACAUACAACUUUAACUCGAUACUCUGGAUAUGUUCAAGACAAUACACUGUUUUUAGAUAUUCAAGUAAAAGAUAUAAGAACUAGCGCUUCUACGCCAUCCUUAACGUCAUAAGUAACGGAAAUAUCAAAGAAAAUUAUUAAUAUAAUACUAGAUGUCCAUACGCGUAUCUAUAAAUUGAACUUAAACUUUUGUUUAUAGUUGGGCAUACACGUCGUAUAUUAUCUAGACUACACAAUUGGUGGUACUUGGUGGAUAAUGAUUUUAUACUUGGUGCAAGUUGGUGCUGUAUUCGCAGUGCGAGGA